AUGACGUGCUCCCGCUGCUUGGACUUAGAGCAUAAACUGGCAGAGCUCCGGGCGCAGAAUGCUCAGCUGCAAUAUCAGCUGGAAGCGUUCCAGAGCCCGGAAAAGGUGCCUGCAGAAGACCAACAGGGCGACAAUGGGGAGGAGUUAUCGGAUACUCUGACGUAUUCACCCUUUUCGAGGGUAGAGCUGCAGCGCUAUGGACGACAGAUGCUAGUCAAAGCAUUCGGGUUCAAGGCGCAACUUACGCUGCGCUCAGCGCGAGUCCUGAUGAUUGGCGUCGGAGGCCUCGGGUCGCCUGCAUCGAUGUAUCUGGCUGCCAUGGGUGUGGGCACGUUGGCUAUUGUGGAUGAUGAUACCGUCGACCGAAGCAACCUGCAUCGUCAAAUACUGCACGAUGAACAGGGGGCGAGAAAGCGAGAAAAGAAAGUGGAAUCGGCCAAGAGAAGAUUGCAAGAGCUAAACCCUUUGCUGAAAUGUGUGGUCUAUCCGACAGGGUUUACUCCUACGAACGCGUUUAAACUUGUCGGGGACUACGACGUGGUAGUUGAUGCCUCAGAUAAUGUCGGCACUCGAUAUCUUGCUAACGACGUGUGUGCUCGACUGCAUAAACCAUUGGUGUCUGGCAGCGCUUUGGGCCUGGAGGGACAGGUGACGGUGUUCACUUAUAAGGACGAUGCGAACGCUACUGGAUGUUAUCGAUGUUUGUAUCCGACGCCACCACGAGUUGCUAUGAGCUGUGCGGAAAACGGUGUUGUCGGUGUUGUGCCCGGCGUAAUCGGCUGCCUGCAGGCUAUGGAGACGGUCAAGAUCAUCACCGGGAUCGGAGAACCUCUUGUCGGUGUACAGUGCUUUUACGACGCCGGAAUCCAGAUUGUCCGUCCUGUGGAGGACAAGCUUCUGAGCCUGAAAAGCAAGACGUAG